AUGGCGAGGAGCCUCUGUCCGGGCGCCUGGCUACGGAGACCCUACCACCUCCAGGCUCGUUUCUCAUAUGUGCGGAUGAAAUAUCUCUUCUUUUCCUGGUUGGCAGUUUUUGUUGGAAGCUGGAUUAUAUAUGUGCAGUACUCCACCUAUACAGAACUAUGCAGAGGAAAGGACUGUAAGAAAAUAAUAUGUGACAAGUACAAGAAUGGAGUUAUUGAUGGGCCCGCGUGUAAUAGCCUUUGUGUAACAGAAACUCUUUACUUUGGAAAAUGCUUAUCUACCAAGCCCAGCAAUCAGAUGUAUUUAGGGAUUUGGGAUAAUCUACCAGGGGUUGUGAAAUGUCAAAUGGAACAAGCACUUCAUCUUGAUUUUGGAACUGAAUUGGAACCAAGAAAAGAAAUAGUGUUAUUUGAUAAACCAACGAGGGGAACUACUGUACAGAAAUUCAAAGAAAUGGUCUACAGUCUCUUUAAAGCAAAAUUGGGUGACCAGGGAAACCUCUCUGAACUGGUUAAUCUCAUCUUGACGGUGGCUGAUGGAGACAAAGACGGCCAGGUUUCCUUGGGAGAAGCAAAGUCAGCAUGGGCCCUUCUUCAAUUAAAUGAGUUUCUUCUCAUGGUGAUACUUCAAGAUAAGGAACAUACCCCCAAAUUAAUGGGAUUCUGUGGUGAUCUCUAUGUAAUGGAAAGUGUUGAAUAUACCUCUCUUUAUGGAAUAAGCCUUCCAUGGGUCAUUGAACUUUUUAUUCCGUCUGGGUUCAGAAGAAGCAUGGAUCAGUUGUUCACACCAUCGUGGCCCAGAAAAGCUAAAAUAGCCAUAGGACUUCUCGAGUUUGUGGAAGACGUUUUCCACGGCCCCUAUGGAAACUUCCUCAUGUGCGAUACUAGUGCCAAAAACCUAGGAUAUAAUGAUAAGUAUGAUUUGAAAAUGGUGGACAUGAGAAAAAUUGUGCCAGAGACAAACCUGAAAGAACUUAUAAAGGAUCGUCACUGUGAGUCUGAUUUGGACUGUGUCUAUGGCACAGAUUGUCGAACUAGCUGUGAUCAGAGUACAAUGAAGUGUACUUCAGAAGUGAUACAACCGAACUUGGCAAAAGCCUGUCAGUUACUCAAAGACUACCUAUUGCGUGGUGCUCCAAGUGAAAUUCGUGAAGAGUUAGAAAAGCAACUUUAUUCUUGUAUUGCUCUCAAAGUCACAGCAAAUCAAAUGGAAAUGGAACAUUCUUUGAUACUAAAUAACCUAAAAACAUUACUGUGGAAGAAAAUUUCCUACACAAAUGACUCCUAG